AUGGGUGGUAUUUUAAAAAAUCCAUUAACAAAGGAUCAAAUUCCAAAUGAUUCGACCCAUGAAGACAUUGCAGAGUUUAGAAAACAAGUAUUUAAAAAUACCCAAUUAAAUGCUAAAUUAAAUCAAGCAAAAAAUUCCACUCAAUUAAAUAAAGAAGCUCAAGAACUUGAUUUGAAUGAUAUACCGAAUAAUGGAAAUGGAAUUGAUUUAGACAUGCAAGAUAAUGAUGCAGAAUAUGAUACGAAUGGUAUACCUCAUACUUUUAGUGAUCAUAAAAGAAUACCAAAAGAUAUUUUAUCCUUAAAAAGAGAAGCAGAUGAAAGGAUGAAAUGGAAUGAGAAGAAUUUAGCUGAUAAUGAAAUAGCAAAGCUACAAUAUCAGGAUAUACAUGUUGAUGAACCAAAAACUCCUUAUCAAGGAGCUGUCGAUCCAAAUGGUGAAUAUUAUAAAGUUGAUGAAGACGAAACGAAUGAUAAUUUUGCAAAUCUUGAUACUAUUGAUGAUUUUUCGCUGGGUGAACCAGAAUUUAAACCAAACAGAAAUGAACGACCUGCAGUGGUACAUAUGAAUGAAGACAACAAUGAGGAGGAGGAGGAGGAGGAAGAUGAUGAGCCACAAUAUGCUACUGAAGAAGAAGAGAAAGCUGCAAGACGUAGGAAGUUUGAAGAAAUGAGAAAAAAACAUUAUAAUGUUAAAGAAAUAUUUCAAAAGAAAAGGUUGCAUGCACUAGAUAAUGAAGAAGAUGAAGAAGAUGACGAAUAA